AUGGGAAAGGCAAACAAUCUACCCGGCGCUGCACCUCUGCCCAAGAGCUUGCUUGGCUACCAUCGCCAGCUAGCUCCUUCGGCUGCUGUCAAAGUUAGUCCUCUCUGCCUUGGAGGCAUGGGAUUUGGAACAGCUUGGGAAGGCAGCAUGGGCAGUUGCGACAAGAAGACGUCCUUUGAAUUGAUGGACUAUUUCUACAGCCAGGGAGGCACCUUUAUUGAUACUGCGGGCAAUUACCAGAACGGAGAAUCCGAGGAGAUCAUUGGCGAGUGGAUGGCAACCCGAGGCAAUCGAGAAGAGAUAAUCGUGGCCACAAAAUACACAUCUGCUUGGCGUUUGGCCGAAGAAGACACAAAGAUUCAGUCAAACUACGGUGGAAAUAACAAGAAGUCUUUGGCGAUAUCCAUCGAAACUAGUCUCAAGAGGCUGCAAACAUCUUAUAUUGAUCUGUACUAUGUCCAUACAUGGGACUUUACCACAAGCAUCCCGGAGCUGAUGCAUUCCCUGCACAACCUUGUUGUUGCCGGCAAAGUUCUCUAUCUCGGCAUCUCCAACACCCCUGCAUGGGUCGUCGCCAAAGCCAACGAGUACGCCCGCCAGAAGGGAUUGACUCAAUUCUCUGUCUACCAGGGUCAUUGGAGUGCGGCUGAGCGAGACAUCGAGCGUGAUGUUGUCCCCAUGUGUCUUGAUGAAGGCAUUGCCAUGGCUCCCUACGGCGUCUUGGGCAUGGGUUACUUCCGCACUUCAGCCCAGCGUGCGGCUGAGAAGGAAGAGGAGAGAGAAGGACGCAAGGUCCCUUUCGUCGACAAGCCUCAGAAGACCGCCAUGGCUGAUGCUCUAGAGAAAAUUGCCGUGGCACGAGGCACAUCCAUCACCAGCAUCGCCUUGGCCUGGGCUAGAUUAAAGGCACCAUACGUCUUCCCCAUUGUGGGAGGCCGUAAGGUUGAGCAUCUCAAGUCCAACAUUGAGGCACUGGCAAUUGAUCUUACGGAUGACGAGAAGGAGGCAAUCGAAAAUGCUGUGCCCUUCCACCCCGGAUACCCUCAGGAAAUCUUGGGUGGUCCCAAGGGUGCUGUGCAUCCGUCAGACCUAUGGACCACGAAGAGAAUGGGUCAUUUUGACUGGGUAGCGCGGCCACAGGCACCAAAGCCUCAUCCUCUCUAA